UUUGCAAUUAAAAAUAUUCAGAAGACUGCAAUGACAAUGUCCAACUUCAACCUUUAUUUUUCUGCUUGAAUGAAAAAUAAAUAAGUAAAAAAUAAAAUAUCUCAGGGAUCAGUGAACAAACACAAUCUUGCAUUCAAUACUUACCAUCAUCAUCAUCAUCAUCAUCAUCAUCAUCAUCUCAUAUGCCAUUUUCUUCUUCAAUCAUGCCAAUUAGCUUUCUCUUUCUCUGUAUCCUUUGCUGCAAAACAGCACUUGGUGCAGCAGAGAUCACCAGCAACACCACUGAUCAUGAAGCACUGGUUUCCUUCAUGUCCAUGAUAUCCAAGGACCCCCUCAGAGUCUUGUCCACCUGGAGAAACCAGAGCCUUCACCAUUGCCAAUGGACUGGUGUCUCAUGCAGCAACAACCAUCAACCACAAAGAGUCACUUCAUUGAUCCUAGACUCUCUUAUGCUGGCUGGAACAUUGUCUCCUUCCCUUGCUAACCUCACCUUCCUCCAAACCAUCAUCCUCUCCAACAACUACUUCUCCGGCACCAUCCCUCCAGAGCUCGGUCGCUUGCUCAGGCUACAAACUCUUGUUUUGAGUAACAAUUCUCUCGACGGAGAAAUCCCAACGAAUAUCACCAGCUGCUUAAGUCUGCAGAACCUCUCAUUAGACACAAACAUGCUUACUGGUGAGAUUCCUGCAGAACUUGGUAAGCUAGUGAAUCUUGUCAGGCUGCGGCUGUACACCAACAACCUCACAGGAUCCAUCCCGGCUUCCGUAGGAAACUUAACUUCACUGGUGUCUCUUGACCUCUCGGAGAACAGUCUUGAAGGUGACAUACCUGACACCAUUGGCAAGCUUGUAAAGUUGGGUUUUCUUCAGUUGUCCAUAAACAGAUUGUCAGGUAAGCUCCCAUCUUCUCUUUGCAACUUCUCAUUUGCGUAUUACAUAGACGUUGGGUUGAACCAGCUCUAUGGAGAGGUCCCAUGGAAUAUGGGAUCCAACCUUCCAAGUGUGAGGAGACUAUACUUGGACUCCAACCAGUUCCAAGGAUCCAUACCUGUGUGGCUUUCCAAUGCUUCAAGGCUUGAAAGGCUUGGUCUGGAGGAGAAUCAAUUCAAUGGAGUAGUGCCUCCGGAGCUUGGGAUGCUUCCAAGUUUAUCCUGGCUAGCUCUUGGUAACAAUCAACUGGGAGCACAGACAACCAGUGAUUGGGAGUUCCUCAAUGCUCUGACAAACUGCAGCAAUUUGCAAAUCCUUGAAUUCUCAGAUAACUUGUUUAACAGCAUGCUGCCCAGUUCCAUAGCCAAUCUAUCCACUCAACUGCAAUGGCUGUCGAUGGAGAACAACAAAAUAACUGGAAGCAUACCUGAGGAGAUGGGGAGGUAUAUCAACAUGACUGUGCUUUUGAUGCAUGACAACCUUCUCAGCGGUAGUAUCCCAACUAGUAUUGGGAGACUCCAAAGUUUGCAUAGAUUGAGCUUAUCAGAAAACAGAUUCUCAGGAGAAAUUCCAUCUUCUCUCGGCAAUCUCACACAAUUGAAUGAGCUCAAUCUAGGUGGGAAUGGAUUUGAAGGAAACAUACCUGGGAGUCUUGGUAACCUUCAGAAUCUGAAUUUCUUGAACCUAUCUUGCAACAAACUAAAAGGUUCCAUACCCAAGGAAGUUGUUAGCCUUUCCUCAUUGUCAAAAUUCCUUGACGUAUCCUAUAAUUUCUUAAUUGGUCCCUUGCCUCUGGAAGUUGGAAGCUUGAAAAACCUGGUAGGAUUCAAUCUUUCAGAGAACCAAUUAUCUGGUGAAAUUCCCAGUACCAUUGGGCAGUGUUUGCUCUUAGAGUAUCUUCUUCUCGAGGGCAACUCAUUUGAAGGAACAAUUCCUUCAUCUUUAAGCAACUUAAAAGGUCUUCAACAGUUGGAUCUCUCACACAACAAUCUGUCUGGGCAAAUCCCUGAAUUUUUGGAGAGUUUUCAAUUCUUGAAUUAUCUGAAUCUCUCCUUCAAUAAUUUUGAGGGUGAUGUACCCAAAGGAGGAAUUUUUAGGAACUUGACAGCAGCUUCACUCAUUGGAAACAGCAAGUUGUGCCGCAGUGACCAGUCAUGCUCCUUUAAAGCUGCAGAGGGAAGGCAUAUAACAACCACAGUCAUAGUGAUCAUUGUAGUCAUAAGCAUUUUCCUUGCUUUGUUCCUACUAAGUCUGUUUGUCUUUAGUUACUACAGGCAAAAGUCAAGGACUUCUUUCAUUAUGGCUGACAUGGACUAUCAUUCAAAUGUUUCGUAUGCCGAGUUAGCUAGAGCAACUGAUGGAUUCUCUACUUCCAACCUGAUCGGAGCUGGCAGUUUUGGGACUGUAUAUAAAGGAAUUAUGGAGCGUGAUGAGAAGAUUGUUGCAGUGAAGGUUCUCAAUCUACAAUCUCAAGGGGCUGAAAAGAGUUUCUUGGCUGAAUGUGAAGCUCUGAGAAACAUUAGACAUCGGAAUUUGGUCAAGAUCCUGACUACUUGUGCAAGUUUAGAUCCCCAAGGAAAUGGUUUCAAAGCUCUAGUUUUUGAGUUCAUGCCUAAUGAGAGCUUAGAGAAAUGGUUACAUCCACAAACAAGUGAUGGCUAUAACUUUAUGAAAUUAAGUUUCAUUCAAAGGUUGAACAUAGCCAUCGAUGUGGCUUCUGCCUUAGAUUAUCUCCAUCACCACAUCCAGACUCCAAUUGUGCAUUGUGAUGUGAAGCCAAGCAAUAUACUUCUUGAUAUUGACAUGGUUGCACAUGUCACUGACUUUGGAUUAGCAAGGUUACUAUCUAGAACAGCCUCUGGAUCAUCGACAAUGUCUAGCACUUCAAUUGGUUUAAGAGGAUCGAUUGGAUAUGUACCUCCCGAGUAUGGGAUGGAUGAAAGAGUAUCCACAAAUGGUGAUGUCUAUAGUUAUGGGAUUCUUUUGUUGGAGAUGUUCACUGGGAAAAGGCCCACUGAUGAAACAUUCAAUGAUGGUCUCAACCUCCACAAGUUUGUAGAAUUGGCUUUUCCUGACCGUGUGAUGGAGAUUAUCAGCCAAGACUUGAUUGUAGAAGAUGCAGAUAUCAAAGAUGGCAAAGAUGAUAGCACAACGAGCUAUGCAAGAACUAGAUUGCAGAUGUGUUUAAUUAAAAUUAUUUGGAUAGCUCUUUCUUGUUCCAGGGAAUCACCUAAAUAUAGAAAUAACAUGGGGAAUGUUGGAAGAGAAUUGCUUGAAGCCAGGGACCUUUUUCUUGAAGGAAGUGAUUCCACAAUGAAAAACCAAACAACAGUCUUGGAAACGGAAACGGCGGCACUCCAAGAAAUUCUGGAGUAAUAAAUUCUAGUGGUUUUGCUCAAAAAGAUUUGGUUAACAGAAGCAACAACAGGCAAUGUAUAGUGGAAGGAGGAAGGGUUAUGGAGGUGUAUAUCCAGAAGAAUGUGAAGGUCAUGUGAAGGUCAUGUGAACAGAGAUUGACAAGGGAUUAUUGUUAAAUAAUGUAAAAGGACAGAUAAAUUUGGCGCCAUUCAUCUAAGAGGACUAGAAUUUAGCAAUGGCUUCAAUCAAAUUGAAUUUGAGGGACUAAACUAGCCAGGGAAAUAUGGGGAAAUUUUUUUCCAAUUAAAUAUUGUGUUUGUUUACUUGAUGAUUCAAAUAGUGUUGAUUUUAUGCUGGCAUGUUGCUUCUUUAACAAUGCUAAAAUAUUCUAAUUUGUGGGCAAAUGAUGCUUGUCAAGCAUGAUGUCGGUACUAACAACUAUAAAUGAUGCUAUAUAUUUUUAAUCCAACAAACAUAGAAAACUAGA